UGCGAAUAAAUAAGUCAGUUUGGAGCAAUUUCGAGAUCACGCAAUUGCGAUCACAGUCUUUCCUUGCGUUGAAAAUAAUCUAUUACAUUGAUCAUAAGUUAGACAUUUACUUAGAAAAAAGGGUAUUUGCUUGCUAUAAGAAAAUAGAUAUUCCUUUCUUGCGUUCACUUACAUACCGUUGCAACCCUAGUCUGAUAAUUUGCAAUAAAAGUUGAAUAUUCUUUGAAAACACAGACCAAUUUUCGAAAUGGAUGAUGUCGAAAAAAAGAAAACACGGUAUUACUCGCACAAAAGCGUAGCAAUAAAGUAUUUAUCUGUAAAGUAACCGUCACCACUUGAAUUUUCUUGGAAAUGUACAGUUGAAGUAGAAAUGGUAAUCGAUUGGACAGCAGACAUAAUUGAGCGAUUAUAAUAGAAUAAAAGAUAAACCAGAGAAUAGAGAUACAAUUCGUUAGUAUGUGGGAAGAAGGAAAGAGAACGUAUUCAAGAUUGCGUGGAGUUAUUUGUCGAUCUUCAUUUUGUAAGGAUGAAAGUUUCGUCGGAUAAAGAUUUCACUUAUGCGAUGACUCCGUUGAAAAUGCUGUCGUGGCCUGUGGGUACCUGGCCUCUUCAAGAGUACGAUAUCUUCUCCGCUAUACGUGCCACAAUCGCGAUUUUAUUUCUGCUACUCAUGCUGAUGGUCAUGCAAAUGGAGUUGUAUUUAGACAUUAGCGACGCCAAGAAGAACCUAGACGCACUAAUAUUAAUUAACUGCGGCAUUUUGUCCUUAUCAAAAAUCAUACGUUUUCGUACUCAGCCUGAUAGCCUUGUUUCGAAUUUUGUCUCGGCGGUUAAAGAUUACAAGGAAUUGGAGGAUCACGAGAAACGAGUGAUAAUGCGAAGACACGCUUAUAUGGGAAGAUUGGUGUCUGCUAGUAUGAUAUUUUCUUCGUACAUCGGCUCGACUCUUUACAUGACUAUUCCUAUGCUGGCUGGAGAUGAAGAAAAAGAUAUAGUUAACGUAACGAAAGAAAGUACAACGGAUUACCCUAUACCUUCCGAAUGUGUAAUAGCCCUUAUGCAAUUGCCGGAUAAUUUGUACUUUAUGGUUUUUAUCAUAGAGUAUUUGAUGCUGUUAUUCACCAGCACUGGUAAUCUAGGAAGCGAUACGUUGUUCCUCGGAAUUAUUUUUCACCUGUGCGGUCAGGUAGAAAUUUUGAAGCUAGAAUUCAAUAAACUGGGCAACGAGAAUGAAAGAACCAUGGAACGUUUCAUCGUAUUAAUCAAGAGGCAUGUUUACUUACUAAACCUAGCCAAGAUGCUGAACGAUACGAUCAGCUCUAUCUUGGCUGUGCAACUAUUCUCUAGUUGCAUACUUAUUUGUAUAACCGGAUUUCAACUUAUUCUCGAUCUGAGCAUUGGAAAUAUCGUCAUGACGAUAAAAGAAUUUAUAAUUCUGAACGCUAUGUUGGUGCAACUGUUUGCAUACAGCUACGUGGGCGAAUAUUUAAACCGUCAAAUGGAAGACAUCGGUGACUCGGUGUAUUUCUGCCGUUGGUACAAUAUACCGACAAGUAUGACGAAAUAUAUUAUUUAUGUAAUUAUGAGAGCUCAAGAUCCAGUUUCCUUGAAGGCUGGCAAAUUCUUCACCGUCAACAUGGAAACGUACAUGAGUAUUCUGAAAACUUCUAUGUCGUAUCUUUCAGUCCUUCGAGUGAUGAUAAAUGCUUGAAAUGAUAUGAAUCUGAUCAUUACGUCCCUU